AGGAAGUUGAAAUGUGAAAAGACAGAAUGGCCUGGAGGUCUCACGGGAAGAAUCAUAGAGAUCUGGUGGAUCAACUUAAAAGUCAUGGAAUUAUCAAAUCACCAAGUGUUUACAAUGCCAUGGCAGCUGUCGAUAGGAGUGAUUUCUGUCACACCCAUGAAGCCUACAAAGACAACCCUCAGCCUAUAGGAAGUAACGUGACAAUCAGUGCCCCUCACAUGCACGCGCAUGCUCUGGAGACACUUGUGUCACAUCUCAAACCAGGCACAAGGGCACUGGAUGUGGGCUCGGGGUCUGGCUAUCUUUCCACUUGCAUGGCUAUCAUGGUAGGAGAGGCAGGGAGAGUUGUUGGUAUAGACCACAUCAAGGAUCUGGUGGACUUGUCCCUGUCUAACACAGCACGUAGUCAUGGCAACCUCAUGAAGACUAACAGACUGAAGUAUGUGGUGGGAGACGGCAGGAAAGGUUACUCAGAUGGGGCUCCUUAUGAUUGUAUACACGUGGGGGCUGCUGCUCCCACCCUACCUCAGCCUGUUGGGAUGGGAUUGCUACCAGAUAUACCCACUACUAUGCUUCCAUCUCAAAAUAUUACCUGUUCUAGUAGAGGACCAGACAUCCACUAGCUGCUUGUAAAAGGAAAAGAAGAUGGAAAUGAGAGGUUCAGGAUCAAAUCUACCGAGCUGUUCAACUGAGGUGAACAGUACAGGAACAAAUUCCAGUUUGACAGGACAUAAAAACAGUUUAGAAGAUAAUCUGACGAAAUACCCUCUACUUCCACCGUGUAGGUGUAGAAAACAUUGCUAUAAUCUCUUCUCAGAACUCUCCCGUACUCGCAUUCAUCGAUUCUUUUGGAGUCUGGAUCACUUUUCGCGCGGUCUCUGGAUCUUUAAUCGCAUUACAAACAAACCAGUUUCUAAGCUGACGAAACCCACAAAAUCAGGCAGUAACAGGAGCUGUGUCAGGGCUUAUUUCAUGGAGGCCAGUCUCAAGAUUGAUAAUCCGGAAAUUGUAAAUGUUUGUCAGAAGUUUUUCCUGUCUACACUAGGUUACAAGAGUGAUAAGGUAAUCACAUACACUCUGAAAGUGUUCAAAGAUGUUAAAGAUCACUCAAAAUUAGUUCCUAAAUCUGAUGACAAAAGCUCGUCUCGUGGCCGUGUUAUUACAAAAGUUGGUAGCCUGAAGAUAAAAUCAGAUACCACUUCAGAUGGUCCACCAACUCUGAGACCUCCCAACAUUCCUCAUAGUUCUGAAACACAUCCAUUGCUUCCUCCCUGUGCGUGUAAGCAACACUGCAUUGUGAAAAUAUGUAACGAUGAACGUCAAGGUAUUCACACAAAGUAUUGGAGCUUGUCGUACAGUGAUCGGAAACAUUGGCUGUAUUCUUGUAUUAAAUCGUUACCAAUCCAGCGUAGAACAAGCAACACUGGCAUCCAGCGAGCAUGUUCACGGCAGUACUUUCUCCCUCUGUCUAACGGGAAAAACAUUUGUGUUUGUCAGAAGUUUUUUCUCUGCACUCUGGGUUACAAUAAUGAUAAGAUAAUAGUGCACACCAUAGCUGCACUCUCAAAUCCUGGAGGGGUCGCGCUAGCAAGCUCCGGUAGAAAGAGUAAGAAUAGAUUGAGCGGGAAAAUAGUGGAAUUGAUGAGGAAACAUAUUGCAAGUAAUUCCUCUGAUUUUAAGAAACGUCCCGUCAAAAAACUUUAUGAAGACUUCCUGACGAACCAUCCUCGAUUAAAGAAAAAACCCAGCUAUGAAAGUUAUCGAUUACUAGUGGUAAGCAUGAACGUUCGAGACAAUCCUAAACCUAAAAGCGCGGACAAUCCUGGAGAAUUUAAAGGUAAGAUCGAGCUGGAUGUUGAUGAGCUCCACUAUUUUGAGGAUCUGGAGCUUUACUCUCCUAACUUGGGUUUGGGUUACCCUUCUUAUCUGGAACAACUGUCAAGUAGUCUACCUGUUGAGAUACCCUUACAAUUCCCUGCUGAGUCUCUCCCUUCCCCUCACCAGUUUGUAGAGAGUCCUGAGUCUAGCCAGUCAUCGAGACAAGCAAACAGGCAACAUCAGUUCCUCGUUAUGCCUGGUAAUAGUCUGGAAAUGGGCCACCUGGUUACUAAUGACAAUUUGAUUAUGUUGUAGAUUGAGGAUAUUACAUAAUUUAUGUUAUUUCAAGUGAAAAUUUAUGCUUUACUAUUUUAUUGCUGUGAUAUACAAAUAUUCUCUGUUGAUUUAUUUUCUGACAUCUAUAACUUUGUCAUUUACGUCUUGUUUUAUCUGUUUGCCAUCUGUAGAGUGUAGAUUUUAUCGUUCCCAGCUAAUUUUCUCUUACAAAAUUAUAAUUUUUAGAGAGAGGAGAGUUCAAUCUUUAUUGUGCUAGUGAAAACACUAGUCGCACUGAAAUUGCCUAAAGUUAAAUUAAAUUUGCUCACGUAACCAGAUUUAAAUCAGUUAACAAUCUAUCAGGUUGGUAAAUAUUAUUAGUAUGAGAGAUGAGCUUUCUACUUGUAAUACUAGAAAGAAGUGGUCCUAACAACUGAAGAAAUUAAAGAUUAUCGUACUGUUUUUAUGGACGAAGAAACGUUGCUUCAUGGAUAUAUUUUGGAACAUAAGGCUAGAUAUGAGAGAUUGUUGACUAAUAUUGAAAAUGGAUUAGAAGAGGAAACCAAAGUGUCAAUACAUAUGGUCAAUGAUGACUGCUUAAAGAAGAUAUUGCUGUACCUCAGCCCCAUCGAUCUUAUCAGAAAUGGAGUAUUUGUUUGCAAACGAUGGUUUAUAACCUGCACUGAAAUUAUAUUUUGUGUUUGUAAGUUGAAGUUAUGUGACAAAAUAAUUCCUUGGAGUCCGAGGGAAAACUGUUCAUUCUACAGGAUGGUACCUAACAGACUGUAUUUUGCUCUCAUUUUUUCACAGGAAGUUGUUUCAAAUCUGAUAAUAUCUGGUCCGGAGAUUUGUGAUAAAAGAGAGAUUGAGUUUCCAGACCUUACAAAGGUCACUUUACCAGCUAUCUCUGUAUUCUGUCCGAAUCUCACUGUUCUGGAGAUCUCCAGAUUCCAUCUUCACAAUCUCACACCAUGUGCUUUACCUGGAACAAUCUGUGAACUAACUGUCAGUUGCUGCGAACUCUUGGAGGCUGAUCUGAAUAGUAUUUUGUGUGGUUUGUGCAGCUCCCUAGUGAAACUUGAUGUGUCUGAGAAUGCAUUAAUAACUGGGGCUAGCAUAAUGAAUAACUUACAGAACAACUUAAUGCGAAAUAUAAGUGUAAGAUCUUGUGCUAGUUUAGAUCCUGCUGUAAUGGAGUUUAUUUUCAGUAAUUAUAAAGAAACUUUGGAGGAGUUAGAUGCAUCGUUAAACCUGGUAAAGUUAUUUCAGAUGUUGAUAAAUUCACCGGAACCGAAGCCUAAAAUGAAUGUUCUCAAAUCUUUUAAGGUAUCAGAAAAAUGUUACAACGAUUUCUUGAGAGAUGCCCGGGGAACAGUUGUCUCAACGUUUGACAUGAGAAUAGUACCAGUUUUACAGAAAAUGCCUAGUUUGGAGGUUCUCUAUAUUGAGACUGUCCCAUAUUGGGGCUUUAGGAAUGUCUCAUACGUGUCACGUGCUGAUUAUCUGGACACUUUAGCUGAUGUUUUACUGAACUUGAGAGUACUGAAUCUUACUAGAUGUCCUAAGAAUGCCAGGUGUCUGGAGCAGUUUAAGCGGCUUCAAGAAGUGACUCUAGACUUUAGUUUUGGUUACAUUUGUAAUGAUCGUUACAUGUCCUUGCUUGGUGAGAGUCUGGUUAAUUCUGCUUGUUUACAAAUGUUACAUAUUGUUGUGGAAAGUCCCAAAUUGAAGUUUCACCCUGACUCUGCCUCGUUGAUAUACAGACUAAUAUUUGAUUAUCUGACAGACAAUGUGCGGCUUGUUACUCUGACAGUUAGUGUUAAGGUAAUUAAGGGAGAAUCAUUAGGACCGAUCAAGGUGGACAGUGAGGCUAUAUCACGUGGUCUACGCAGCAGAAAUACUCCACUGAGGAUAGUCCUCCGUAACUCAGAGUUGAAGGACUCUGAUUUUAUUGAUAUUCCUUCUUGUGUAAGCUUUGUUUUUGAGGGUUAAAGUUACGUGAGUGUUUUUAAAGAUUUGGGUGUAUUUACAUUUUUUAAGGAUUUUUUCGAUUGAUGAUCUGUAAUAUUUUUCCAUGUUUCAUGUAAAUAUAGCUCAAAUUACACUUUCUUAAGAAAUGAUCAUUAUCAUUAUUUAA